GGAGGAGCGAGCCGCGGGGGCUGGGGAAGGCCGACUUCGUACCUCCUAGGUGGAAGGCGGCCUCGGCUCUAGGCGGGGCCGGGCUCAAGGGGUGGCAGCUGCGCUGCAGAGCCGCCUUCGAGCCGCUGCGGAGCUCUGGCCAGUUGGGCCCGGCGGCCCGCACUGAGCACCUGUCCGCGGCGGUGACUGCGCUGCUGGCCCGUGGCAACGUCGCGCGCUAGUGUCCCAUCAUGACGGAGCUGAGGCAGAGGACGGCCCGCGAGCCGGACGCGCCGACGGAGGACAAGGAGUUGGAGUCAGAAGCAAAGGUUGAUGGAGAGACUGCAUCAGACAGCGAGAGCCGAGCAGACCUGGUUGCCCCGCCAGCUCCUGUGGAUGACACCCCGGAGGUCCUCAACAGGGCCCUUUCUAACCUGUCUUCAAGAUGGAAGAACUGGUGGGUGAGAGGCAUCCUGACUUUGGCCAUGAUUGCAUUUUUCUUCAUCAUCAUUUACCUAGGACCAAUGGUUUUAAUGAUGAUCGUGAUGUGUGUUCAGAUAAAGUGUUUCCACGAGAUCAUCACUAUCGGCUACAAUGUCUACCACUCCUAUGACCUGCCCUGGUUUAGGACCCUCAGCUGGUACUUUCUGCUGUGUGUAAACUAUUUCUUCUAUGGUGAGACGGUGACGGAUUACUUCUUCACCCUGGUCCAGAGAGAAGAGCCUUUGCGGAUUCUCAGUAAAUACCACCGGUUCAUUUCCUUCACCCUCUACCUAACCGGAUUUUGCAUGUUUGUACUAAGCCUGGUCAAGAAGCAUUAUCGACUGCAGUUCUACAUGUUUGGCUGGACCCAUGUAACACUACUGAUUGUUGUAACCCAGUCACAUCUCGUUAUCCACAACCUGUUUGAAGGAAUGAUCUGGUUCAUUGUCCCCAUUUCCUGUGUGAUCUGCAAUGACAUCAUGGCCUAUAUGUUUGGCUUUUUCUUUGGUCGGACCCCACUCAUCAAGCUCUCUCCCAAGAAGACAUGGGAAGGCUUCAUUGGGGGUUUCUUUGCUACUGUGGUGUUUGGCCUUCUGCUGUCCUAUGUGAUGUCUGGGUACAGAUGCUUUGUCUGUCCCGUGGAGUACAACAAUGACACCAACAGCUUCACCGUGGACUGUGAGCCUUCAGACCUGUUCCGCCUGCAGGAGUACAACAUUCCUGGGGUGAUCCAUUCGGUCAUUGGCUGGAAAACUGUUCGGAUGUACCCCUUCCAGAUUCACAGCAUUGCCCUCUCCACCUUUGCCUCGCUCAUAGGCCCUUUUGGAGGCUUCUUCGCAAGCGGCUUCAAGCGAGCCUUUAAAAUCAAGGACUUUGCCAAUACCAUUCCUGGCCACGGAGGCAUCAUGGAUCGCUUUGACUGCCAGUACCUGAUGGCCACCUUUGUCAAUGUGUACAUCGCCAGUUUUAUCAGGGGUCCUAACCCGAGCAAGCUGAUUCAGCAGUUCCUGACCUUGCGGCCAGAUCAGCAGCUCCACAUCUUCAACACGCUUAAGUCUCACCUAAUGGACAAGGGGAUCCUGACACCUGCCGCAGAAGAUGAGUAGGGGCCGCCUGGGCCGGAGAGCAGGGUCAGGACUGAGGGAGGGGCAGGUCUCCAAGGCAAGCCCAGCUGCUAUGACUUAGUGACAAGCUUCAACUCACUGGCUUUUCUUUUCUUUUUUCGGUAGUGUUUUUUAUUUGUGGGUUUUAAAAAGAAUUUGUAUAUACAGUCUGUUUAUGGUUUGAGUAGUGAGUAAUCUGUAGCUCUGAGUUGGAAAGAAGUCACGGGGGUUUACAUUUGGAGUUUUUAAACAAGUGAAGUAUUGAACAACCUGGAAGACAGUGUUGCCCAGCUCAAGAUGUCUGCUUGGUGGUUCCAGCCCCAUCCACUGGACUGUUUUGGGGCACACAUGGUGGAUGCUGAUCUGUACCCAACUUGUGCAGGGGCCUCUCCUACCUGGGCUAGGGUGCUGACAGGUCCCUGGGGGCUUCUGCAGCAACCCCUGCGGGAAGCUGCAGAGGAUGGCUUUCUGUAGGCCCGGAGAGAGGGAGGGAUGGAGGCUCAUUGGUCAGAUGGGCACUGCAUCCACACCAGAAUCCUGCAGAGAGUAUAUGAGCUCUGCUUCAUACUACAGGUUCACCUUACGUCGUCACAGACUGAAAGGUUUGUUUUUAUUUUUUCAGAAAGCACGAAAAGUUACUUAUAAUAAUCUGGAGAACAAACACACUGUAAAGGUUCAAGUGUAUGCAGUAGAAUGCACUGUAACCAAGCCCUUUCCCAUGAUGUGGGCUCUAGCUUCUCCUGGCGGGCAGUCUGGCAAACUGCAUCUUUUCAGGGGUGAGGCCAUGGGCGUUUGUGCGGUAGACUUGCUGCUGCUGAAUCCAGGGGGACGGGAGACUCCACAGGCAGAGAGCAGGGAGCAGGGGGCUUUUGGUUCAUACCCUUCACUGAAUGCCCACGUAGCUGCUGUGUUGUGUAUAUAUUACUCUUGAGGUGAGUGUGUGUCUUGUCUGUGUUCUAAGAGUCACUUCUUUCUUACAGUGAUUUCACUUAUACCAUGACUUGUUUGCUGGAAACCACAACAUUUGGCUUAAAACUAUGGCAAACCUAACCUGAUGAGAGGCUUGAUUAUUCAGGAGAUUAAAUGUAUACUUUUGAUAUCAUGUGAACAGUUUACAUGUAGUGUAUGUUUUACUGGGGGACCUUUCUUGGUUGUUGUUUGCAUGAACUGUGAUUUACUUUUCCCCCUCCUGAUUAUAGGGGUGAGAUUGACUUGGGGGAAGACAGACUAGCUCUCGGUCAGGUCAGCCCCACAAGUGGUCAAGCACAAGAGGAGAACUUGGCGCCUAGUGUGCUGACUCAUUUCACGCCCUGCUCAUUUUCCUUGCCCACGAGAGCAGAACUCGCCAGCACCUUGGUCAGGUGCUGUUUUAUGGUGUUUGUUUUUAAAUUGGCCAUGCUGCCUACCUGAAACCUCACAGCCCAGAUCUCAGCAGCGUCCGCAGGAGUCAGAGUCGCUGUCACUGUGCAGGCUCCUGGAUGGGUGAGGGGUAGAGGCAGCUUCUCUCUAAACUUCCAUUUCAGCCUCAGGGCUUUUGUUUUCAGGCCCAAGGCCCUGUAAACAUUGUGCUGGGGGUUUCAGUUCUGGCUGUGGCCCUGGGCAGGAAGCCUCACUCAGAGUCUUCAUGUUCUGAGCUGUCUUCUAAUUGUGCUGUUCGUGAUUCCACCCAAGUCUCCCAUGGAUAUUGAAUCAUGUCCUGGGCACCCAGAAGGAAGUGCUUUCAGGCCUCCUCCGAGAUGAUUCACGUCUCACAUCUUCAUCAGUGAUUAGGAAUGAGGCUGUAGUUUUCUGUCUGGAAUGAACUCAUUUGUCUCACGUCACCCCACUGUGGGCAUGUGGUGGGAUUCUUGAGAACAAGAGCUCUGUGAGGCCCAGCAGCAGAACCCACUCUGCAACAGGGCCACCUUUGGGUGCUCCUUUGUGGACACUGUCAUUGCUGGGGGUCCUGGGAAACUAAAGCUGGGUGCUGCCUAGAGCCUCCAGUAAGAGGCCUGAGGGGCAAUAUGGGCUGUAUUUUUUUUUCCUGAUUUCCUGGCCUGCAGAAUUUCCCAGUCAAGUGGCCAGGAGAGCAACGUUACCUUGGGUUUCAACAGCGGUGUUUCUCCCAUUUAUAGACCAAAUUCCAGAGACCUCUUAACAUGCGUCCAUGCAGAUCUUAAUGACUUGCGUAACUUCCUGUAGACCCAUUGGUUCUUUUUUUUUUGUUAGAAAUAAAACAUGACCAAAACCGUGUGCCCACCCUUGUCAUGAAUUCAGUGUUUGUCGCUUCCAUGCCUGGUUUGAUGUUUUCCACUUGUUGAUGUAUUCAUAAAUGUGGUAUAGACGUGAUGUACAGAUUUCUGUUUCAUUUUCUGGUUUGUAUCCCAUACAUUCUCAGAGGCCUCUGAAGUACCUCGAGGGAGGGCCAUGAGCACCUUCCCCAGGGUGGUGAGGGGAGCCAGACUCACCCCAUCAGCACUGUGCCUGCAGGACAAGGACCUGUCGGUCUCCAGCCCCACUUGCCCCUGAAAUGCUGCAGUGUUCCUUCCCCCACAUUCAGGAGGCCUGGCCCAUCAAGCCAGGCUGGUAUUUGAAUUGCUGUUAGCUCAUAAGUGGUGAAAUAAGGAGUUGAUGAGCCUGGUGGCCCCCGACUGACCUCACAGGGGAAGAGCAUUCCUGUGUGUGUGUACGAGCCACCCUCUUUAACUGCCCGUGUCAUUGGAAAUGUGCACAUUUGUGUUUUACUCCUGAAGGUAAAACCCUCUAAGGCAGCUGAGACUUUUUCAUGUUUAUUAUUUCUUGCUUCCUUUAUAUUCAGAGUCUUGUAGUAGCUCUGUACUUAAAAUGUAUGUGCUCUUGAUGUUGGAUAGCUGUGUAAUGUAUGUGAACUGGUCUUUCUUCAGGGGUCGAAAUGUAACUUUAACCUUCUACAGGUAGACCUUGAAACCUUUUUGAUGGUUCUUUUCUCCAACUGGGCUCGUAUCCUGGAAUUUGACCUACAUUAUGCAAGGAAAUUCUGAAAGGACAUUUCAGGGAGACCACAGGCAUCUGUGAUUGGGGCCUGACUGGUUGCUGAUUGGCAGGAGCCCAGUGUGAGUGGAUCCUGGUUCAGGGGCUCACUGUCAGAGGCCUGGGCGGGCCCAGCCAGCCCUUCAGUGGAUAGCAUUGGGUCAGAGGAUGUGGAGACUUGGGCCCAGAAAGUCCUCGCAGAGAGGCUGGCCAGCAGUGGCCGUGUUCUUUAGGAAGCCAGGUUGAGGUGGAUUUCCAAGGGGCCUUUUCAUCACUUUCCCGAACACGGCAUGUCACUGCUGAAACCUCUAUUUAGCACUGUCCUAGGCACUGUUGUCUUUCAGAGUAAUUUGCAUCAGGCCUACUGUUCUUGUACAUGAUGCCUAUGUGUGGGGGGAAAAGAGAGGAGUGUGUGUGCAUGCAUGCACUUCGGGAGUGAUUUCACUUAGACCCAAGAUUCCUGUUCUUCCUAAGUCAGGGUGGGGAGGAAAGGCCGAGGGAAGAUGUAUGGUGACUGUUGUAGAUACGCCACUAGGCAGUAAGCCAGGGCUGGGCUCUGUAUUGGAACACAGCUCCUGAAGAGGGGAGCUGAUCCUUGAGCACAGAAUCAUCCUUAUCUUGGUCAAAACGAACUUCCUUUUCCUAAUAUCACUGUACCAGCUUCCAAUUUUUAAAGAGAUUAAUAGCUCCCACUUCCUGUUCGGUUUCCCUCUGUAAGGCCCCACCCACAUAGGGUGCUGGGUUUGGAGCAAGUGGUGAUGAAUGGCCCUUCGGCCCACUUCCCCUUGGUCCGGGUUUCUCCUCACUUACGCCCUCAGGAGCAGGGUCCUAGCUGCUGUUUUCACUUGAAUGUGGCCCACCAUUCUGUCCCCCCAAGCCUUCCCUUUCUGGUUGACCUUCAGGUUGACCUUACCUGGGCUGCUGUUCUCACCUGGGGCUGCCCCUUGGUUGGACAAGACUUGCACCUGUUUGCCUGGGAACCAUCCCAAGCCCAGAACAUCCUGCUUUGAGGACAAUUUGGGAGGUGACUUGGAUGAAGUGUCGUUAGGAUGUGUGGGUGAUUUAUGAGAAUGAAGGGGCUGAAUAUAUGAAAUCUAGAGGUUCAGAUCCAUCGACUAUUUGAGGACCUUGCCCCCUCUUCUCCCCUUUUUCACCAGAUGCCUAUCCGCAGGCUCCUUCUCUUUAUUCUCAACCUAAUGAAAUACCAGGAGCAUAUCUAUUAAUGGCUGCAAUCAUACAGUGCUUAAUAUGUGCAAAGCACAGUGCUAAGGGUUUGCAUCCAUUAUCCCUUUUAGUCCAGAAACCCUUUGAUGAGAUGGUGUUGUCCCCAUUUUACGGUUGAGGAAACAAUCUCUGCCAUGGAGGCUGAGAGCAGAGGCUAAGAAGACAGACUUCAGGCUCAGUCAACCCUAGGCCUGGGUAGGUCCCUAGGUGGCUUCGGGCCUCCUGCUCCUACCCACCUGGGUCCAAGAGUGGUUAUAAGGACUUAAUGCAGUAACACAUGAAAACAUCUAGCACAGUGCCUGGCACAUAGUAAGCGGUCAUUAAAUGAUUGUUAUUAUUAUUAUUUUUUUUAAUGAUUAUUAUUCUUGUUGCACUUAGCUGGUCAUUUGACCUACACUGGGUGUAAUGCCAGAAAAUGGGUUUUCAGCCACCAUACUGCCACCACCCUGCCCGCAGCCUGGUGUUUACAGUCUGGAAAGUGACCACACCAUCCUUUCAAGAGAAGCAAUGCAGUUAUAACACUUGGGCAUCUUGGUGCCUCACAGUGUUGGGGAAGAGGACAGGAGAGGGUGCAGAGAAUCUGUGCUUAGUGGGCGUGGCCUGCCCAAGCAUGGUGCCCACUUCCUAUGCACAUGAUCUGAUCCCCCCCCCCCCCAGGCUUUUUCCACUUCCUGGGGCAACUGCACUCUGUGGACAGGAGGGCCUGUGACUUUCUCUGGGCCCCACUUCCCCUCCCAGGCCAAGCAAAGGCCACACUCUGUGCAUGAAGCUCUGGAGCCCGCAGUUCCCUGUGCCAGUGGAUGAUUUCAGGGGCCUUCUAGAGAAGAGGGGAAAACAGGACCUGCUCUGAAGCGUAUCACCGACCAGGAGCCUGGAGUCUCUGCCCACUCCCUUGUCCAUAGCCUGGGGCCUUCUGUUCUUUCUUUUCUUCUUUCUUAAAAAUAGUAACAAAAAGGGCCAGGGAUGUAGCUCAGUUUUGCAGUGCCUGCCUGGCAAGCACAAGGCCCUGAGUUUGAUUCCUGUGAUAGAGUAUGUGAUAGCUGAGGACAAGUGAUUGUAGGCUGUUUCUUUUGGGUUCUAGGUGAGCAAAGAAUCAAAGUGAUUUGCAAGUAAGGGAAGAACAGGCUGUAGACAGAGGGAAAAAAUGUUUGUCUUAGUUUUCUUACUGGAGACAAGAUUGGGAAGGCAGUGUGAGAUGGAGGACUCUAUGUUGGAGGAAUAGUUUGGCUAAUACGAUCCAUGGGAUUCUUAAGCCAGUGGGGUAAUAGUAAAAGUUAGAACUACUGGCUUGACUGUGGAUUGUUUCUUGGGUGUUUAUGGAACCCAAAGGCCCACUGCUGGAAUCUAAAUGGUCACUCUCCCCUAGAGUUCAUUACUGAAUAAUUACAAGAGUCAGAGAAGGGCAGUAGAGGUUUUUAGUAAGCCCCUGCAGGGUAGCCCCAUCUCGGGGGGGGGGGGCUGCCCUGAAGGUCCUCUUGCCCUUCUGAACUGGGGUUCACCAGCCCUGGCACUUCCUCACUACCAUCUAAGUGACCCAGGCAGCUAGGUGUGGUGGAGCAUGUCAGCACUUGGAAGGCAGGAGAAUUGCUGUGAGUUUGAGGCCAGCCUGGGGUACAUAGUGAGAUCUUAUCUUGAAAAGAAAAACAAAAAUUGACCCAGGCAGCCCUUUACCUGGAGAGAGGGAGGCUUCCCACUGGCUGGGGGAGGGUGCUGUGGACAGGGCUGACCGUCUAUGCAGUUCUCUUUGGCACUGGGACUUCCCCUACAUAUAGUGUGCAAGAGAGCUGGCACCUGGCACUUGCCCCCAUGAAGCUGCUUGCUGGCAUCACCCACUGGCCAUCUGUCCUCUGCUCCUGGAGUAACUUCCUAGCAGGCAGAAUGUGCACAUGUUUCUGUAACAGUAUCCCCCAGGAAGAGCACUGACCUUUGGUAAACUGCUUCUGCCUUGUCACCCUGACUGGGUGUAUGGUGUUGAUCACAGAGAGGAGGAGCCAACCAGACACCAGGGCUGGUGAGACCAAAGGACUUGGUGGCAAGAGAACAGUGAGGGGCUGAGAGGCAGUGAUUUGUUGUUGUCUGCUAAGAGAUUCUGAGAACCCUUGGGGGCAACGGCAGGAGGGAUGGGGCAGGGAUGGGGCCUGGGAGUCCCUCACUGAGGACAACCAUCUGAGGCCAGAUGAGUCUCUUGUGGGUGUGGGGAUGGAAACCCAUCCAAGGAGAUUGGGAGCUCAUGGAUUACCUUCCAGAGUCAGCGCUGAUGCCAAAUUUAAUUUUUAUUUAUGUUUAACACCUUCCAAAUCAGGAGGGCAAAGUCAGAGUUGGGAAGUCAGGGUGGAGCACACCCCCUUCUUUGGAGGGAGAGGUAGAAUUCACUUUCUCACACUGAUUGGCUGGGUGCCAAUGGUUUUCCUCUCCUCAGACCUGUGGGUCUCCCCAGAUAGGCAUGUGUUUGUGUGCCCUUGCUUCACUGUUUAUUCAUGUUGGCAUUUUACUAAAUCAGUGUUUUUGCCACAGCUGACCUUUUCUGUGCACUUCUGAUCUAUGUGGAACAGUACACAUAGGCUCUUUUUCAAUGCAGUAUAAGAAUAUGAUAUAUUGUACAUUGGAAAGUAUUUACCUAUUUAUAUACCCAAAUGUUCCUAUUACACAAAUAAACAUAUAUUGAAUUCUA